AUGAAUCUGAAUCCGCAUCUGGCCUCCACCUCGUCCACCUCGACAUCUUCCACUUCCUCCGCUUCAUCUUCCGAAUUCCCACGUGUCAGUGUCCAAUCCAGACAUGCUCCUCGCCUACCCCACCACCUCUCCAUAAACGGAGCAACUCAACAGACUCAUCACCCAAUUUACGCGUGCUCCGAUGAGAAUUCCUACUACGCCUCACCAAUAUUUCUGACACGAACGAUAGACGAACCUCCGAAGAAGCCAGCGCCCACGUUGAGUCGACAAUCGACGUGUCGACCGACAAGUCAGUUGUAUUUGCCGAGUAAAAAGAGGAAAACUAGGUGA